AUGGCAACUCCAGACUUGGUUUCUAGCAAUGGAACUACAAGCUCUUAUCUAGGACGACCAUGGAAAAAGUACUCUAGGACUGUCUAUCUGCAAUCUUCCAUUGAUAGCUUCAUAGAUCCAGCUGGUUGGAUAGCAUGGUCUGGAGACUUUGCACUGAGCACACUCUACUACGUGGAAUACAACAAUACAGGCGCAGGAUCAGGGGAUGACUGGUUACCUGCCAAGUUCGUUGCCAUAUUGCAGGAAUUCUCGAAGCUCUUCGGGGCUUUCAACCUGGGCGAUUUCAUUUAUUGGCUUGGCGGUGCUCUCGACGAUCUAGGCUCCGUCGAAUAUGAAAAGAUGCAGAAUCUUGGACGACUCCAGGCAACGGCAGAGCAAGAUUGA